AUGACCAGCAGACCUACAAAACGCAAGACGGCAGUCUCCGCGCCGUCCAACGUGUCUCCAGCACAUAAACAGGCAGUGAAUUCGGUUUCCAUGCUAUUCAGCGAUGCUUUUGGGUUGAUUUCCAAAGCAUUUGUCACAAGUGAACCCCCGAUUCAUCUUUCAAACCCAUCCACGCGCAGUCUGCCCGGAAGUUUCGUUGUUUCCCCGCAACAAACGUCUAGCAAGAACGUGGAUGACCAUGAGGACAGACCGGAAGACGAGGAUGAAGAAGAGAGCACUUUGGAUAGCUAUGCAGAAAACGACUAUGACAACUCGGACGACUUUACUCAAACCCAGGACUCUCUAGAGGCCACGUCCGUACCGUCCACUCCUAUCCUUUCAGUCGCAACGUCCCCAAUUGCUCUUGCGCAUACACCAAGGUACUCUUCGGCUCUGAGCUCGCAGCGGACUACACCCAUCUCCAUUUCACGGCACCGAGGAGGCCACCAUCAGUCUGUGGCGAGGUCAACUUGGAAAAACCACGUACAUCCCCUCAAGAAACAGUACGAUAUUGACAGACGAAUGGCGCGCGCUCAAGAGCUCUACAACCUGAAAAGGUCACUAGGAUAUGCGCAGGAUAUAUCCACCUUUCGGGCGUAUUUGAGCUACAAGGAGCAUAUGGAGAGGUUUUAUGCGGCGAUAGAUAAGAACAUGCCUUCUCCAAAGCCAGCUACGGGCCCUGAAUCGUUGCCCAAAAUGCCUUCAAACUCGUGGCUACAGCGCGCAGUCAUUGACGCAAGGAAGUCAUUAGAAAGCCCACGUCCAUUUAUUCCAAGGUUUAAAACAAGUGAACUAUUGGCACAGCAGAAUAGGGAACGGGAUGCAGAGAUAGAACGACGGUUAAGGCCGAAACUACCAGAUUCACUGCCACCGGAAGAUGAACAAAAGGUCAAACAAUCGUUGUCAAAUCGUUCACUUUUGGUCAAGGUCGCUCGCGAGCAGGUUACAGCCCAGGACUUGGGUCGACUGCGGCCUGGACAGUGGCUUAAUGAUGAAAUUAUCAACUUUUAUGGCGCGCUGAUCACCGAGCGCGCCGCCAAGUUUGAAGCCGGAGUCAAGAAUGGGGAGAUGAAUGGCAAAGGCAAAGGCCGCGCGAGCGAUGCGUAUCCAGAGAUGGAGGGACUUGGUGAACCGUGGAAGGUUCAUUUCUUUAACACAUUCUUCCUAUCAAAGUUACAGGACAUGGGAUAUGAAAAGGCACGGUUGAACAAGUGGACCAAAAAGAUGGACAUAUUUAGCAAAGAUAUUGUGCUCAUCCCGUGCAACCUGGGUAAUGCGCAUUGGACAUGUGCCGCCAUCAACUUUAGAGACAAGCGGAUAGAAUAUUACGACAGUAUGGGAAUGGAUAGACCGAGUAUUCGAGCAGCGUUGCGUACCUAUCUAGACAAAGAGCAUCAAGACAAAAAGUCAAAGCCAUUCAAUUUUGAAGGCUGGACGGACCUUUUUGGACACGAUGGCCCACAGCAAGAAAACGGGUUCGACUGCGGCGUCUUCGUGUGCCAAACCAUGGAGAAUCUUUCACGAGGAGUUUCGCUUCCUUUCGACUUUACUCAGCGGAACAUGCCUUAUCUGCGCAGACGCAUGAUCCUGGAGAUCACGACCCAGCAGCUGCCCAUAAAGCGGCUAUAG